ACUGCUCUGAAUUUCAGUGUGUGCUGCAUUUCAAGCUAGGCUACACCUUCACUGGGCACCCCGUGUGAUUUCCUGAUGGAUCCGCUCGAGGGUAGCCUAGUUGGGAAUGCUGCCUGGUCUAAAAUCCAGAGCUGCUGCCUGAAGCCUGCUGAAGAAGGAAGUUGAAGCUCUCACGCCUCUUCUGGUGGUGGUGGUGUCAAAGUGACCUUUGCCUUCUCCGCCUUUACAGAGGAAGAAGGUCCACAAGGUGGCAUCUGGGUUUCCAAAACCUUCAUCACACAAGAGAGAACAAGGAGCCCUCUGGAUCUUGUUGGAGGCUGCCCUCGAGCACAGAUUAAAGAUGGGAAUGAAAGAUUCUCCGGGCCUCGAUGCAGGAAACAGCCCUGAUGCCACCCAGGCUGAGAGCAGUGGAGGAUUCUGGGAAGGGAGCAUGCAGAAGAUCAUGAGUGGGGAUAUCCUGAACUCAGAUAUGCAGUGUCAGCGCUUCAGGCAGUUCUGCUACCAGGAUGCCAAGGGGCCCCGAGAGGUUUGCAAACAACUGUACAACCUUUGCCAUCAGUGGCUGUUGCCAGAAAGACACACGAAAAAUCAGAUCCUGGACCUGGUGAUCUUGGAGCAAUUCCUGACCAUCCUACCCCCUAAGAUAGAGAGCUGGAUCAAGGAAUGCGGAGCGGAGACCAUUUCCCAGGCGGUGGCCUUGGCAGAAGGUUUCCUCCUGAGCCAGGCAGAGGAGAAGAAGCACCAGGAAGAGAAGCAGAUUCCAGGACCAUGUUCAGAAGCAGCUCCUGGUUUCUCUGAGGCAGAGAGGGCUCCAUUGGAUGCCAAGCAGAGGCUGCUGUCCAGGUGGACCUCGCAGGAAGUUGGCAGAGCUGCCAUCUUGCUGGGUACUGGAAUGACUCUGCCAAUGGAUACUCAACCAUCUCUCCUUGCUGGUGGAGCGGAAGAGGCUUCAAGGCAACUAGACCAAGUAGGGGAGGGGUCACUGGGGGAGGAGGAGGACGGGGAAUAAAGAGGUCACCUUUGUCUGCCCCACAUUGCCCUGGGUGUGAAAGCAUCUCUCUUUCCUUUGGCCUCUGUCAGAACUUCCGGCUAGGAGGGCUGUGAAGGGCACUUGUGAAGGCUUUAAUCUGGCUAACUGGGCAAGGAAGAGCCUUUGAAGGGGUUGGCUUCAAAUUUUUAGCAGGAGGACAGAAAUUUGCCCCUUUGUCCCAGAAUAGUGUGUUUUCCAGUGGCAGUUGAUGGUGUCUCCAUUGUGUCUAUUUUUAUACUUGUAACAAUUGGAACACCUUUGAGAAAGAGCACCUUCCCCUUCCAUUUCUUUUUAUUUCCUCUUUGAAACUUUUUGUGAAAAAUAGUAUAUAAAUAUAAUUAAUGUCCCUGCAGAGGAAUCUUUCCUGCCCUUCUCCUACCAGCUUACCUUAACCACCCAUUUGCAUUGUGCUUGGAAGGGCAAGAACC